UGUUAUAGAUGUGACGAUAUAUACAUACAGACCUGCCUUUCUCUAUAGUUACCUUACAGAACACAGAACAAGUACCACUAUAUUCUUAACAAAGGGAUUUACUUCUUGAAGAUUCAGGAGUCAGUCCUUCAGAACCACACCGCCACUCAAGGAACAUCACCGCCAUCACAGUUCCGUCCUCCACCAACCCUCGGGACCCCAACGACCCUCACCACCCCCACCGCUGCCACCCGAACAGAGGGUGUCCCCCGAAGUCGACCUUUGACCUCUCCACCCUGGGGACAGUCACCUGGAAUGGUGAUUCCAAUCAAGGCAUGAAACCACUGGAGGCUAUACGCUGUACCCUACCUAACUGCCCUUGUGAAUGUUUUUCACCUGGCAAGGUACACAUACGAGCAUGUGAUUCCUGCAAGCAUGGCUGGGUCGCUCAUGCACUAGACAAGCUGGGUUAUAGACAUAUAUUCAAUCUCGGGAUGCAGGUGGAAGUGGUCCAGCCUAACAUUGUCUUUGAUAUUGCCAGCCUGAUGUUGUAUGGAGCCCAGGCAACACCUAUACGCCUCAAGAUCCUCCUCGACCGCCUCUUCAGUGUUCUCCAACAUGACGAGGUCUUACAGGUCCUUCAGGGUUUUGGCUGGAACUAUGAGGACUAUGCUCGUGGGUACAUACUUCAGGAUUCCUCGGGACAUGUACUGGAUAAAUGGACAGUUGCUACAAGAGAGGAAGAACAUAUCAUCCUUCAGCAAUUUCUGCGGUUUGGAGAAACCAAGUCCAUUGCCCAGGAAAUAAUUUUACAAGAUACCAAAGAUCAACAAGAUCUUUUCAUCAAGCAAUCUUCACGAGCAGACUCUGAGAUAAAGAAAUUCAUCGAACGAAGCAACCACUCUAUGCAUAGUUACAUGCGUAGUCUUGAAUCUAGGCAUCUUUUUGCCAACAGACUUCCAUUUGUGCCCGUUGGCAGUCGAUUGAUGACUCCACCAGUUUUGCCUAAUUUCUCACCACCCUCAUCUCGUGACCUGCGACCUCCUACAGUGACCGCCUCAUCUAGCCCAGUUACUACUUCACCACUGGGUAGACUGCAGACAAUGCAGCCAUUUGACUACCGACGGGAGCAAGGCAGUCCAACCAUCAGUCCAAGCAUCCCUGAGAAACAUUUACCUGGGUCAUCCCCAAGUGAAAGUCCUAAAAACCUCAGCAUAACGCCAACAUCACACAGUUCAUCUACCCCACCAUUUACCCCAAUAAAAGCUCCCCCAGAAAGCAGGGAACAUACACCAAUUACCAUUGCGACGCCAUUGGCGACACCUAUGACGCUUCCCGUAUUACCUCCACAGGAUGACAACUGUAACAAUGCCAUUGACUAUUCCACAGGUAGCAGCAGUAAAGAGCAGCAGGAACUUCAGGCUUCAGUCCUGUACAAUGAACGGAAAAUGAAACACUUACGUAAAUCCAGCCAUCCAGUCAAGCGGAGCUGGACGCCAUCCUCUGGUUUUGGAUGUACGUUCAUUGGGCCUAAUGGAAAGAAGCGUGUUUUGUGCACGGCUUGUAACAAGACAUUUUGUGAUAAAGGUGCUCUGAAGAUCCAUUAUAGUGCUGUGCACUUGAAGGAGAUGCAUAAGUGUACGGUGGAUGGGUGUAAUAUGAUGUUCAGCUCUCGGCGCAGUAGAAAUCGGCACAGUGCUAACCCUAACCCAAAGCUACACAUGCCUCAGAAGCGUAUCAAGCUACCUGAUGGGGCCAGUAUCAUUGACGAUGGCAGUAAUAAAUCCAACCGAAUGAUUGGAAGUCCAAUGGUGGGUAGUCCACCCACUAUGGUUAUGCAUCCUUCUCUCGGAUCAAAAUCCCAGCUGUCUCCGAUGGAUCUUGAAUCAUCUGAUUUGGCCCGAAGCAAUCAUGCUUUCUAUGCAGAGUUAAAUGCACAUUUAGCUAUGUUUCCAACACCGGAAAAAAAACAGAAGCUAGACGAAGACUUGGACAGCCCACGGGAUUUGAGUAUGACAGACAGACGAGACAUCAAGAUGGAAUCUGACUCCGAGUUAGAUGAUAUAAUUGAUGAGGAUUCGGCUAUAACCGAUUCUCCACAGCAGAAGACUUCUAGUCGACGUAAAACAAUGGUGCCCACCAGAUGUGCACAGGAAGAGGACCAUUUUGUGAUGAGUGAUGAUAAUUCUGACGACAGAGAUCCUGACAGUUGUAAGGAUGGGAUAAGGGAUCGACAGAUUAAACCAAGUUAUACUAGAGGGGAAGAUAACUCUGGAUGUGAAGGAUCAGCUAACUCCCGCUCUCAACACAAUGGUAUGCAGCAAUGCUCCGACAGUUCAGGAGAGGAUUGUCGUGAAGGGAACGGAGAAAACUACCACCAAGAGAGGACUUUUUUAUCUGAUAGUUGUGGCAGGGACAAGGAUUCCUGCCACCCAAGAAAAGACUUUCCCAAAAUAGCUUCACUUCUGUCUGGGAGCAACCAAGCUGUUGACUACUCAACACGACGGCAAGACGACUUUGAUGACAAUGGAUCAAUUUGUUCAGUCAUCAGUCACUUAUCUGACAUGGACUCAAACCAUUCAGUUUCAUCCAACGAAUCACAGAGCUUCCUUAGCAACGGAACUGAAAAUAUAGAAAUACCUAUCGAUAAAGACAAUCCAAGGAAGUGUACUAUUUGUAGCAAAAUCUUCCAGAACCAUUUUGGUUUAAAAUCACAUUUUCAAAACGUCCAUCUCAAACUGAUGCAUAAGUGUACAGUAGAAGGUUGUAGUGCUGCCUUCCCAUCAAAACGGAGCAGGAAUCGCCACGCCUCGAAUCUCAAACUCCAUCAUAAACUCUUGUCAACCUCGGACACUGAUGACAGUAACCAAGUGUACAUUGACGAAGGUGAUAUGGAUGAUGAGGAUGAUUUAGAUGAUGAAGAUGAUGAAGAGAUGGGCAUGAAGGAAAGGGAAGAGGAGGAAGGAGGCGAGGAGGAAGAAGAUAACGAUGACAGAAAAAUGCAUACACGGGAGACAGAUAAAGGCAGGGAAAACGGGAAACAUGUCAAUGGCAAUCAUGACUCCGACAAUGACGAAGACAACGACACAGAUAUUGAGGAAGGUGAUAUCAAUGAAAAUGGAAAGGCAUAUUCUAAUGGGAUGGAAAACGGGAUAGAGAUGGAAGAAAUAUCUGUAGGAGAUAAUGGUAUAGCAGUCAACUGCCAUGUGUGUGAGUCCAAGUUCAGAGAUAAUCUUGCCUUGAAAGAACACUUUGAAGUUAAUCAUCCCAAGGAGAUGUUCUACUGUACCGUCAAAGGGUGUGAAAAAAUCUUCUCAACACGCAAAAGCAGAAAUCGGCACAGUCAGAAUGACAAUCUGCAUCGGCAGCACGGGUCAGUGAAGAGAAACGGCAUCUCUUGAUGUCCUGGUUAUGUUCCUGAUUUGUUCAGUAACUUAUGACAAUGUUCCUGGAUGUGUGAGCCAAAUGUUGAAUUGGAUAGUGAAGGAAUUAUCAUUCAUUAAAUAUCACACAUAAUUUAUGAAUACUGCAACGAGAUUACUUAUGCAAAGAGUUUUUUCAUACAUCUUUUCUUUUUGAGAGAUGUUAUGAUUUGUUUUUCUCAGUUUUACAGAACAAGCAAUAAGUGGACAUCAAGAUUGAUAUUGGAUGUUGUUUACCAAUGUUGACAGAAACUUAUGCAGGGUUAAGCAGAUUGUGAGAAAAAUCAUUGAUGUGUUAUCAUUCUGCCAAAGUGCUAAUUCAAUCAUCAUGUACAUGGAUAAACCUUGGAAUUUCCUCAAUGUAAAGGGGACAACUAUGCAUUUUGUUUUUCUUAGGAACAUAUUUGAUGUUUUCUUUGUGAUUAAAAAAAAUAGCAUUAUUUAAUGUCAGACCCUAGAUCUCAUGAAUGCCAUAAAAACUUCCAAUAGACAUGAAGAUAUUGGCAUGUUUAUUUGACUUUUUGCAAAUGAUGGAUAUCUGUCCUCAUCUGUAGGUAUUAUACCUGUACACUUACCUGUCGGUUAACCUGUACACUUACUUGAGGUUAUACCUGUACACUUACCUGUAGGUUACACCUGUACACUUACCUGUAUGUUAUAUCUCCAUACUUACCUGUCAGUUAAUCUGUACACUUACCUGAAGGUUAUAACUUUACACUUACUUGUAGGUUAUAACUGUAUACUUACCUGUAGGUUAUACCUGUACACUUACCUGUCAGUUAACCUGUACACUUACCUGUAGGUUAUACCUGUACACUUACCUGUCAGUUAACCUGUACACUUACCUGUAGGUUAUACCUGUACACUUACCUGUAGGUUAUACCUGUACACUUACCUGUAGGUUAUACCUGUACACUUACCUGAGGGGUAAUACUUGUACAAUUAUAUGCAGGUUUUACCUGUACAUGUUCCUGAAGGUUUUACCUGUAUACUUAACUACAGGAUUUACCUGUACAUGUACCUGAAGGUUUUACCUGUAUACCUGCCUGCUAGUUUUCUUUAAUGAGGCAUUAUUACUCCCUUAUAAUAGCAGUGAUACAAUUUAUCUUCAAAUGUUACAUGUUAACUAUCCUCAACUUUAUAACUUUGUCAAGGUCUUGUGUAAACAGGAUUAUGUUCAUACUUUCAAAUGAAUCACAGGUUACAUCUUCAGAAGAAAUAAUAGUGAUGUCUUUUUAUUUAAAAAAGACAGAAAAAAAAUCAUCAUCUGAAUAAUUAACUUUAUAAAAAGUCAAUCUACCUGUUGUUAGAUGACAUUAAUUUUGUUGUGUAUUUUGAGUUUGAGGAGAGAAAUACAAGUAUGAAGCUCUGUGGUGUAGUGGUACAAUGUACCACAAGUGUUUUAGUGACAGAUACUUACCAAGGAGAAUUCUAGUCCCAGAAUAGUCAGUCCCAUAGCAUACCUUUAGCCUGUGGUAAGAGGUCGAGCAAUAGGUUAUGUGGUUUGGGUAUCCACCUGUGUCUACCUGGUUCAAAUCUAGUCCCAUAUUUCGCAGUAUUACCUGUAGUCAUGGUGAUGCUGUAACAAUAUAGAAAAUGGCCAAAUGUGAUAUGUUUAUAAUAUUUUAACUUAUUUUUAGCAUGUUAAAUAGUUUUAAAGUAAAGGUAAUAUGUUUUGUUUUAAUUGUAUAAUUAGUAUACAUGGAUGGGCACUUUCAUGAUGUGUGGCAGUACAGGUAGUUAAUUACCUGGGACAAUACCUGUACAUACUGUUGAUAAUGUAGAUACAUAGUAGCAUUUAGCUUCUCAGUCUCGUGGUGAUCUUUAUUGUCUGGUGUUGUGAUUAAGUAUGUUUUCAGCAAAACUCAGGUAUGCAAAUAUUUUCAUAUUCUUAAUUUAUUUUAGCCAGAGUAUGCAGCAGCCAGUGCUAGUUGUGUAGUUGUAUGCUCUGACAAUCCGGAAUAGUUGUCUCCCCUCUGUGGCCAUGUGUACCUCAGGAGUAAAGAAAUUUAUUUUUAAUUAAAAAUAUCUAAAUAUGAAAUCUUUUAAAAUCCUUGCAAUACUUUUCCAGAGAUUUGGAAAUUUCAAAAAAUAAACCAUAUGUGGUAAUAGUACUUGUUAAUGAUUGCUGUACAUGGCAUACCAGGGGAGGUAACCAAGUCACAAAGAGGAGACAACUCUGGAGAUUUUUUGGUCAGCGAGGCAUGAGAAUCUCAAGAUGUAGAUGUUGUCACAUUUUUUAUGCAAUACCUCACAAUUGUUGUCCCUCCUCCAUAUAUAUAUACAUACUUAUAUAAAUAUACUAGACAUUGUAUAUACCCAACACUGUCCAGGAUAAGAUGUAUCAUUUAGCCAUUGGUAUGUAUGUAGUAAUGUAUGUUGUAUUUUUAGAUUAAUUUAUUUCCUGUAUGGAGCUAGUUAGCAGUUUUGGGUACUUGCACAUUGAUCCUGUCAUGUAGGGAAUUGUGGGGCCAGCUUAGAUAAAAUAAACUGUAUACCAAUCUACUGAACUUUAGCCAAAAUUAUAUUCUACAAAUCAAGUUCAAUCGAUGCCAAUUGUCUUUUUUUUUUUUUUUUUUUUGUAGGACACAAAAUAUUUCAGCAUUUUCUUCAUUCCUGUUUAGCAAAUGGAAUUAGAAUCCUCUUUGAAGGAAAGUUAAAAUAAUUUGUUUGUUGAUGUUUCAGUAAGACCUACAGUGAUGUCUUAAAAUUAUACAAUGCUCUAUAAACAUUAUACCAUGUUUUGUUUAGAUUGUACAUUGUUGCAAAAUUACAUAGUUACCUCAGACAAAUGCUGAAGUUUCUCUAUAUCAUAAAAUCAUUGUUGCUUCCAGUCAAGUUUUACUAAUAUUUAAAAUAUCUCCCACAAAGCAAUGGAAUAUGUCUCAUUUUCUACAGUAUAAUUAUUUUGCCAAAAAGGAGAAAUGAAAAAUUGGUUAGAUUUUUAAAGGUUUGUUCAUGAUGGAAUAAAUCUUUUGUUAGUUUUUUACUUGUUUCAUACAGAACAGUAUGAUGCAGACAUCACAAUAUUAUACUCCCUGUUAUUGUUUAAUAUUUGUUAUUCAUCGUCAUGAAAAAAUAUUGAUUAACAGGCUAUGCCAAAAUAAUAUUUGUUUUUAACAUUUGUUUCAAAUUUUUCAUUGACAUCCCAAAAAUUAUGAUAUUAAGAAAAGCAGUUGAUAAUGUUUGUACCUUUUACAUAUAAGAGUUUCUUUAUUACUGCCACAAUUCCAGAGUGACACAGUAGUUCUCUGGGGUUUUGCCAAACAGGCUGAAUGUGCAAUCAGACACAGGUAUUAAUAAAUGCAAUAAUUCUUGUAUAAAUUUUUAGACAAUUUUUAGUGAUUUUUGUAGCCUGUUAAUGAUUGUGCAGGGCUCCAGUCCUCAGCAUUACACACUUGCAAUAUGCACAUUUUUACCAACACUUUACUAUGCAGUUAUAGUUGGUGUAUUUGAUAUGCACUGUUCUUUUUUAUAGUAUGCAAUCAGUUAUUCAUUAAUGUCAUUGUAAUUAUGCAAAUCUUUUUUACUGCACUCAGUACUUAUGUUGAGUUUUUGUAUGGUAGGUAUAUAACAUAUAUGUAAUCAUUAUUGUUAAAUUUACAUGAAAUUCACUCUAUUGCACAUUUUUGUUGGUACAAAAUCCUGCCAUUUUACCUUAUCUGCCAAAAACAUAGUCAGCUUUGAGUUACUGUGAUAUUGUUGGUUCAACGUUAGUUUGUCUCAUCCUUUUGCCUACUCUCCUGUUUGUAUACCAUUAGUGAUCAUCCUUCGUUAUUGUAGUUCUUUCAGUCUACAAAUGACGUUACAAAUUUAAAAAAUUACCUUUUAUUAAUGAAAAUCAUAUCAUUUUGUUAGUUUGUUUAGACUCCCCCCCCCCCCCCCCCCCAAUAUCGUCCUAGUAACUUAUUGAAAAUUCAGCUGUCUGUGAAAAUAAAAGGAUGAAGAAAACUGAUGUAGGUGGAAGAUAUAUCAGGUAAAAUGCAGUCUUUAUUUAUAUCAUAAUUGUUGUACUACAUAUUGAUGUUACUACUUACGCAUAAUAUGUCUCAAUAAUUACUAGUCAAUUUUGUGUCAGUUGCACAUCCGUCCAUUUUAUAACUUGACACUGUAUAACUGUCUCAAAGUAUUGAACACUAAAGUGGAGAAAAAAUCUCUCUUUGCUCGGGUGUGUUUUAGCAUCUGAGUAAACUUUUGUCUUGGAAUGACGACCUGAAAACAGCUUUUGAAUGAGAUAAUAAAGGUUUACAUUUGAUCACGAGUAGGACGUGGUCGUUUUUACUAUGUCAGUAUUUCUAAUUUCUUACCUUCAUGUAAAUAGAUAAACAUGACUCAAUCCAACUUGAAAUAUUGAUGGUCUUGGAGAGUUUUGAGUAUUUGUCUUCCAUCGUGUUCCACCGUGAUUCUAAAUCCUUGCUGUUGAUUACAAUCUACAUACUCUGUAUAUACACAGCCAUAUUGUUAGGUCUGUAGACCCUCAUAAAGCUAGAUCUCUUGUCUCCAAUGUCAUGGAUGAUUUUUCAUAUGUCAGGAACAGAAUGGAGGGGGUAAGCUUCAAUAAAUCUGAUUACCAGAUCAUCUCCAAUAGUUCACCUGUGCUGGAAUCUUCAAGAAGAUGGUGAUUCUAGCUAUGUUACCUGAUUGUCAUCAUAAUUGUACAGCAAACUUCAAUGGUUUUCUCUGUCCCAUCUAAUGAAUUUACAUAAAAAUACACAUUUGUGUUGUACUUACACUGUAUUAGAUAUAAAUACAUUAUUUAAAUUUCAUGUAUCAUUACAGCGAUAAAUUCCCUGCAUUGUAUUGUACAGUGGUUUUACAAACAUGACCAUUAUAUAACUAAAUUCACUCCGUAUUGUAUAGCCAUCAUUCAAUACAGUGUUAUACAUUGUGUAGCCAUUGUUGUAAAUUGUAUAGCCAUCAUUCAAUACAAUGUUAUAAUCUCUAAAUUGUAUAACUAUUGUUCAAUACAAUUUGAUACACUCAUUUUACAUUGUAUUGCUGUAAUUCUGUACAAUGUGAUACACUGUAUAUUGUAUUGCUGUAAUUCUUUGCAAUAUUAUACACACUGUACAUUGUAUUACAAUGAUUCUAUACAAUGUGAUACACUUUGUACAUUGUAUUACAAUGAUUCUAUACAAUGUGAUACACUUUGUGUGUUGCCUAUCUUCUCACUGUAUAAUGCUACACACUGUAUAUGGUAUGCACUCCACAAAACCAUUUGAGAGAUGAUUUUCUCGCCUCCUUAACAUAUUUUAAUCCUUUAGUCUGUACAGUUAAUUAUUUAACACCAUCAUUUGUACACAUCCACUAAGUCAGGUAGAUUGGUAGUAUGUGCAGUUCAGUUAUAUCUGUUGUUGAAUAUUUUCAAAUAAAUAUUUAUUAUAAUUACGACCAGUUUUGUAUCAGUCUUAGUACUAGAAUAAAGUUCAUUUCUAGCAGAA